AUGUCAGGAAGAGGAAAAGGAGGAAAGGGUUUGGGAAAGGGAGGAGCAAAGAGACACAGGAAGGUGUUGAGAGAUAACAUCCAGGGAAUCACUAAACCAGCCAUCAGAAGAUUAGCAAGAAGAGGUGGUGUGAAACGUAUCAGUGGUUUGAUUUAUGAAGAGACUCGUGGUGUUCUCAAGAUCUUCUUGGAGAAUGUGAUCCGUGAUGCUGUUACCUACACUGAACACGCCCGAAGAAAGACUGUCACUGCUAUGGACGUUGUCUAUGCUCUCAAGAGACAAGGAAGAACCCUCUAUGGAUUUGGGGGUUAG